AUGGGGCGAGUAGAGCGGUGGGGCAUCGGCGUUCCAGCAGCAGUAGUUGGGGUGUACAUAUGUCUUUGUCUGUUUAUUUCGCCUUCUGUAUGGACGCCCGCAGCUGCACUGUCUUCUUCUGCAGCAGAUAUAUCAUGGGAUGGCCGCAUUGUAGCUAUCGGCGAUCUGCACGGAGAUGCAGAGAAUGCGAUGUUGCUGCUUGAUGCGUUGGGGGUUUUAGACAGAAACACCCGAAAAUGGACAGGAGGAGACACUCUAUUAGUUCAAACAGGAGAUAUAGUUGAUAGGGGGCCUGAUGGUAAGAUCCUCUACGACUUAUUUGCAGAACUUAAGCAACAAGCAGAAGAACAAGGAGGUAAAGUUGUGCAAAUUUUAGGCAACCACGACGCCAUGAACCUCUGUGGAGACUUCCGGUACGUACACCCGAGCGAGACAGCGCAGUUCGGGGGUUUGCACGGCCGACAGUUAGCGUUUUCUGAAGAAGGGAAGUAUGGGUCUUUACUUCGUUCAUUUCUUCCAGCAGUUCGCAUUAAUAAAAUUAUAUUCUCGCAUGCAGGAGUAAGCCCUCCUUUCGCUGCUUUGGGGCUGCAGCGGCUGCAGCAGCUGCUGCAGGAAGAGCUACGAGAUGGGUGCCGACUGUAUCAUCAAAAGCAGCGACUUGAAGGCAGCGGAAUACGCUUAGGUUUAUUUGCAGGGGGUAGUGAGGGGCCCUUGUGGAGCCGUCUAUACACCCUAUCACCAGAAGCUGUUGCAUGCCCUGCACUCAAACAGGCGCUGGAGCAUCUUAAUGCAGAGUUGAUGGUUGUGGGGCAUACAGUUCAAGAAACAUUUCGUCUAGAAACAUAUUGUACAGGAAAGCUUGUUGCUAUCGAUACAGGCAUUUCAAGAUAUGUAGCGAACUCCCCACACGCCUUAGAGGUCACCCCAGAAGGAGAACUCUUCGAGGUGUCUGUACAGCAGAAAUAUCAACCCCAGCAGCAGCAGCAGCAGCAGCAGCAGCAGCAGCAACAGCAGGCUGCUUCUGCAGCAGAUGCAGUUCCUAUUGCUGUCUUCAAACGGAAGCUGGAUGCUGCUACGCUUUCGUUUUAUGCAAAUAAGAAGGAUAAGAAUGCCAGCAAGACAUAUCAAGAAAACAAAGAAACCCUAAACCCUAAACCCUCUGCAGCCGAUGCAGAUGCUGCAGCCGAUGCAGAUGCUGCAGCAGCUGCAGAUGCUGCAGCCGCUGCAGCAGCAAUUGAAGACGAACUAUAG